AUGGUCGCACUCGGUCUCCGCCAUGCGCGCGGUUGCUCAGAAUGGCAUCUCCGAUGCCUCCUCUCCGCCAUAAACCUCGCUGCAUCCGCUCCAGAGUUGGAUGAUCGUCCCCUAUCGAAGUCCACGAUCACCAUCUGCUUAGAAGUGCCUUGCGGGGGCGGCCGACGAGUCAAGCGGCGAAACACACGUCGUGGCGUAUGCCUCCAAGUUGGCUCAGAUGAUCCUGAUACUGAGAACUCCCCAUCUCUUGACUUGGUGGUUGACCUGAACCAAAAGCAAGGAACUCGCCUUGGCUGGCGGGAUAGCUCUGGCAUUCCCAUAUCAUCGCAAAGGAGUUCAUCUGCUGUGAUGGGGUACCCUGUGGGUGGGAGGAUUGACGAAGGUAUAUAG